GUCAAGGUGGUCAAAGGUCACGAAGGAACCUUGCCCCCUUCCAGGGAGAUCUGUCCAGCAUAAUGGUUGCCAUGGAGACAGUGUCAAAGGUCAUCAAAUCCUGGCUUGUGGAGUACAAGUCAGUGGUGAGCCUACAGGAUGGAGAGUAUGUCUCCAAACUACACAACAACAAGGAGCUGACGGCAGCGCUGUAUAAAGUCUUACACCAGGAGAGUGAGCUGCUGAACGAAGUCUGCCCUCAGCUGUUUGACUACUUCCGCAGCGGACACAAAGGACUGUACCAGUUCACACUACAGUUUACACCUGCUCUCAUUGGACAUUAUCUACUUAGCAUGGCUAACAAGGAAAGAACGAUGAGUGGAAGAGUGGAGGCCUUGCUUUUGGGAAUGUACAACUUGGAGGCUGUUGACUCUGGAGGCCAGCCCACCAGUAAAGUCUUCACUGUCCCGACCAUGGCCAAACCUUCACUGUACCACGAGCCUGUGAACCUGGCGUCCAUGGCUCUCACUGAGACAGCGCUCUCCAGACAUGAACAGCAAGAGGUCCACGCCACGCUGUCUGCACCCCACCCCUACCUGGAGGCUGUUACAGCACAUAACAGACUGAGUAUGCUGACUUACGUACUGAGCAGGUACAAUGCAGAUAUCGUGAACAUGCCGUCUGACUCCAAACUUUCACUCUGCCAAGUGGCAUCAAGACUGUGUACUAACAACCUACGAGGCAGCCACAGUUCCAGUAGUGAAGACGGACCUGAACCCAGAGUGCCGCUGUCGUCUGCAUUUCUGGUGGAAAUCCUCGCAGGCCUGUAUCAGACACUGUAUACAGGACAUUCAGAGGCGGCACGGCAGGCAGUUGAGGAUGUCUCUCAGAGGGCCAGAUAUGAACUCUUCCCAGAGGCUACUAUGAUGAGUAACGCCAUCAUGGCGUCCAUGAAGCGAGAGACGCCGUGUCCGGACACCCCGCUGGUUACGACCAUCUACAGCCCGCCUUCCUCCCCGCAGCUCCCGCGUACAAGCUCGCCCGCACGAGUCACCUCGGGAAACCUCCGCAAGUACAGCAUCCGACGCAAACCUAUAGAAGACGUUCUUGACGACAAACUCCAGACUAAUGUAGCAGUUGAUGGACAUGUCAGCAGCAAUACAGCAAGUCCUGGUAAAAAGGGGAAAACUUCUGGCACUGACAAGGGGCUGGAGAGAAAAGGCAGUGACAAAACUAGCGAGAAGAAAUCAGACGACUCCGCAAAAGGAUCCAAAAAGGACAAAGACGGGAAAGACAGCGAGUCGUCAUCACAGAGAGUUGUUUUUAAAGACAUUCUUAAGAGAGCGGAAAGUAAAGUACAAGCAAUGACGUCUUCUAAGGAAGAGAAGAAAGUGGAAGAGGUCAAGGGAGAGGCAGAAGGAACAGAGAGUGAUGGAGGGAAUGAUAAGGUUGGGGAGGAGACAGGAGCCAUGGAAAUGGAGAUAAUGAGUAGUGCUUCUGUACAGGGGCAAGAUGCAACAUCAGUUUCUGCUGAACAACAGAAGGCUAACCAGGGAAAACCAGCCAUCAAACCAGCCAGCCAUUCCAGGCAGCUGGUCUCCUCCCCCAGCAAGGGUCCGCCUCUCUCCCCACAUCUCUUCUCACAGAUUAAUGAGUACAUUGACUCUGAAGACGUCAGUAAUUAAUGUAGAACGUAUAUAUACAUGUGUAAGGCCUGGGGAAAAAUGUUGCAACAACAGUGGCCAUGUGGUCCUUAUGCAGAGGUGGUCACUAGAACAGGUUUGAAUGUGAGGGCAAAAUGUUAAUGUUAUGUCAUUGCAACCAAAAAGCAGACUGAUACAGAAUAUUAUAUUGUAAAUAUGGGAUGUAUCAUAUUGAUCAUGGUAGUCAUAAUGAUUGUGUUGCAUGGAAUUGCAUGUGCUGUGUAAUUGUAUGAACUGUAGUAAGGCCACACCAAUUUAAUUUGUUGGUUCUCGGAUUUUUUCAGAAAAAAUAUGAAGCGAC